CCCAUUUAUACACAACAUCACCACAUAACUUUUGCGCAAAUCCACCAUAAUACAUAAACAAUGCUAAGGACUCUUUAUUGUUCGACUAUUAUUGGAAGUUAUUGAAUCUAUUCUUCUGAUAUCCUAUUGCGCCAGCUCAAUUAUUGGGUUCUGCGUAAUUAGCGACACACUACUACCAACCAAAACAACACACGACCAAAGCUCAAUUCUCUGUAACUCUGUUUGAGGCUUCAACUUUGCGACCACAACAAACCCCCAACCACAACUCCUACAACUAAGAAAUCAAUUGCAACCCUCUUAUAUAUACAGCUGCUUUGUUUCUGCUGGACAGAUUGGCUAUUUACUCAGUCUCCGUGCUGGCCACAGAAUUGCCAGAAGGCGAACGCGAACAAACCUACAAACCACAAACGAAGCCUUUGUUUGUCAACAUGGCAGGCGCGGCGGCUACAACUCCUCCUCCCACUUCGCGGGUUAGGAUUCCUCCAACACCGCGACUCGGAUUAGAAGACGACUACCAACCUUACGCGCGAAGGAAGUCAACUCGCGUCGCAUCGCAACGUGAGAGCUCGGCACAGACACCGCCUCCAGCUUCCAACCACAACCUUCGUUCCGCAAACUCCUCUCCUCAGUCAUCAUCUAAGCGCACCGCUUCUGGGUCUUCCAACAUUACACCUCCCUCCACCAUUUCACGCAAGCGAGCAAACAAACCCACACUUCUGGGCGAAGACCAAGUUUCCUCCCAAACAACAAGAGGUGCCAGUUCUCCCCAGGGCUUCUACUCCUCCAUCGGCACAAGGAACGGGAUGCUUCCAACUCCAGCAAAGACGCCGCAGAAGCGCGCAGAAACCAAAACCUCAACGAUCACAUCGAUCGCCAGAAACCUCUUCCCAGUCCGCCACGAAACUGUUGAGCAAGCGAUGCCAUCUCCCAAGAGGCGCGGCAAGAAGUACAAAGGGUUUUCCCUUGACGGAUAUGGCGAAGAUGAGGAUGAAUCGAUUGCCAUCUUUACGGAUUCCAAGGAACGCCUUCCAGAGGUUGACGAGAGCCUGGGCAACCCUUUCUAUGGACCGGAAGUGGUCAGAGCUGAUGACCUAUCGAAACGUGGAAGCAAGCGCAGAAGAAACCCACCACGCGAGUCCAACGGCGCUGAGGAAGAGGCUCAAGACGAAGAGCGCAAAGAUGGCCUCGUAUAUGUAUUCCGUGGCAAGAAAAUCUUCCGCAGAUUCAGCGACCUGGAUGAGACAGGAUCGCGUCCUUCUGCUGCCGAUGAAGUUGAGGAUGAGAUUGAUGUUACCGUUCCCUCCAGACUUCGUGGUCCUCUUACUCGAUCUUCCAUGAAGCCUCGUCUUCUGUUCCCCACCCAAAAGCAACUCGAUGAGAGGAACAGCCAGUACAGCGAAGCUGAUGAGGAAGCCGACACCGACAUCGAGGAGGACAACGAAGUCACUACUCCAUCCCUUCACACAGAGAAGGUCGCAACUCCACGUGCUCCAAGAUUUGCACCUGUCUCGCCGCCAAGCACCGUGGCUCGAACGACUCGCUCCAAGAAGUUGUCCUCAGACGAUGACAUGGCCGGGGCAAGCUUUUCCAGCUUGGGAUCUGCAUCUCCAUUUGAGAGCUGGCAGCGCACCAAACCCAAGGGCCAAAAGAGGGGCAGUGACGCCGUGUCCGCUUUCGACACCGGAAAUCACAAGCGUGUCCGUGGCUAAAUCUUUCUUUGCAAGGCCUGGAUCUAUCUGCAUGCAAUAAGGCAGCUUUUUUUGUAUCCAGGUUCAAGCCUUGGCCGCAUUUCCGAGCCGGCUCUUCUUUUAUCGCGCAGUCAUCACUGGCGCUUGGACAUGAUGUCCUUUUUUUCCUGUUUGUAUAACGACGAUGCAUUGACCGCGACUCUCUUUUUCAACUAAUACCAACCUGAUACAUCACGGCACGACACUCAUGGCUUUACACACAAUGGCGCAACGAAAUCUUUUCUGGUCUGGGAUGCAUUAGGCAGGGCACAUGGGGUGGGAAUACAUGGGGGUGAGAAUAUGAAGUAGGACGAGUCAAUAGGGGUUCAAUGUAGCAUGGACUGGGGGGAAAGAAGCCAGAUGAUGGUUACUGGUUGAUGGAUAAUGUAGACUAGAAUGACUGCGCCAAUAAAAGAGCGAAU